CAAAGUGCCUCCGCAGGGGAACCACUCUGCCAGGGGGAGGAUCUGACACUUCACAUGUUUCCUUCACUAAGUGUCUGAACGUUUGUGUGUCUGCAGGCAGGAUGAUACUGGAGCUGCUGCUGUUCGCUGCUCUGCUAGUCGGAGGUUAUUUUCUUCUCCACAUGACUUUUCUCAAGCUGCCACGAUGUAAAAGUGCUGCAAAGUUACACGGGAAAACCGCCAUCGUCACCGGAGCAAACACCGGCAUCGGUAAGACCACGGCGAUGGAUUUGGCCAGGAGGGGGGCGAGGGUGAUCCUGGCCUGCAGGGACAGACGGCGAGCCGAGGCCGCCGCCCAGGAAAUCAUCCAGGAGACGGGGAACAGCCAGGUGAUCUUCAUGCAGCUGGACCUGGCCAGUCUGAAGUCGGUUCGCUCUUUCGCUGACGAGUUCCUCCGCUCCGAGUCCAGGCUGGAUCUGCUCAUCAACAACGCCGGUCUGAUGAACGGUGGUAAGACGGAGGACGGUUUCGGGAUGAUCUUCGGCGUGAACCACCUGGGUCACUUCCUGCUGACGGUGUUGCUGCUGGAGCGUCUGAAGGCGAGCGGGCGGAGCCGCGUGGUCACCGUGGCCUCCAAGGCCUACGAGAUGGGGAAGGUGGACUUCAACUGCCUGACGACGCACAGAGACGUGGCGCUCGGCGACGGCGACCUUCAGCUCUUCCACAAGUACUGCCACAGCAAACUGUGCAACGUGCUCUUCACCUACGAACUCGCCAAGAGGCUGCAGGGCUCCGACGUCACCUGCUACAGCCUCCACCCAGGCGCCAUACAGACGGAGAUCGGGCGGUACGCUGGUUUCUGGUGGAGUCUCAUGAUGAAACCCAUCGUGCUUCUGUUCUUCGUGGACGCCGAGUCCGGCGCUCAGACCACGCUGCACUGCGCCCUGGAGCCAGGCAUCGAGCACGCCAGCGGCCAGUACUUCAGCUGCUGCGCGCCGAAACUGAACAUCGAGUCGAAGGCGACGGACGACGCCGCUGCCAAGAAGCUGUGGGAACUCAGCGAGAGUUUCUGCGGCCUGGCCUGAAACAAAACUGUGUUUAAUCCCCGAGUAAUAAUUAGGAUUUUAAAUAAUAUACAGAAUAAUUAAGAGUAGGGUUAGGUAUCGUUUGGGUUUUUCUGAUACCGGUGCUAAAAUGAUUUUAAAACGGUGCCUGAACCGAUACUUUAAAAAAAAUAGGGUAAUAGGGAAUAGGGUAUUUUACAAUAACUUUGAA